AUGAACAGACUAUUGCCAUUUUUAUUAGUACUACUACCGUCACUUGUCACUGCAUCAGUCGGGGACACACUUCCAGAAUUCCAAACAUGUCUUCACCAGUGUGAUUGUCAGACCAUCCCACAGUCAUUUCUCUGGUCCUGUCUUGCCAAUUGCAAUUACUACUGUCAACAAUACAUCACAGACCAAAUAGAGUCACAGGGCUUGGAGAUGGUUCAGUUCUAUGGGAAAUGGCCAUUUGUUAGAGUACUAGGAGUACAGGAAUUGUUCUCGACUGUGUUCUCAUUAGCUAAUUUGUAUGUCAAUUAUAAAAACAUCAGACCAAUAUUCCGACAGUUCAGGAGGAAUUCGGACCUGGAGUUGCAAAUCAUGUAUGGGCAAUAUUUGGCCUUGUUGAUCAUCAGUUGCAUUGGAUGGAUAUUCAGUUCGUUGUUCCAUUUCAAGGACACGGCCGUCACUGAAACAUUAGAUUAUUUCGGUGCCUUUGCCAUCAUCUUGUGCAAUUUGAACGUGAUUGUUGUGAGGGUGUUCAAACUAUUCAGACGCAGAGUCGUAUUGUAUACGUGGCAAUUGGGAUUGAUAAUAUUGUAUGUGUUUCAUGUGACCAAGUUGAAGACGCAAUGGGAUUAUGGAUACAACACACAGAUCAACAUGGUGGUUGGACUUUCGGCGAUGAUUCUCUGGUGCUAUCAUCUGUGGCACACGUACAAGUUGUAUCAGAGGAAUUAUAUUGUAUACAACAACUCGAUCCAGUUGUUGCCAUUUGAGACCAAGUUGUUGCAGAAAUUGAAUUAUGUGUCGCUCUCCAAUGCUAGUAUAAUCCCAUUGAUACCUAUUCUCAACAAUGUUGUAUUGAUUGGGGGUAUAUUGCUAGAGGUGAAUGACUUUGCACCGAUCUAUAGAUUAGUGGAUGCACAUGCGUUAUGGCAUUUGUUAACGAUUUUCCCCAGUUUCAUUUGGUUUGAUUGGAAUAUCUGGGAUCUUGAGAUGUUGAAGAUCACCGAGGGUCAUGAGAUCAAGGAGUAA